UAUAGUGCUAAUAUACUUUCUUUUUGGUGAUGUUCACUUUUUUGUAAGUACCAAUAAGCGCAUAAAGUAGUGACGGCAAUAAAUAAAAAAAACUGAAAUGGCCAAGAAGAAAAACGAAGAAUAUUCAGGAGAAAGUGGAGACGAUGCGGAUUAUGGUGAAGAACCCAAUUUUGAUGAUCCUGAAGAUUUUGUAGAUGAUGUUAGUGACGAAGAAUUGUUGGGUGAUUUAUUGAGUAAAAGGCCAUGUGAAACUGAUGGUAUGGAAAAUGUUGUUGUUGUCGAUAAUAUACCGAAGGUUGCACCAGCCCGACAAGAAAAAUUAAAGACGGUCAUAGAUAAACUAUUUUCCACAUUUGGUGAAAUAGUCAACACUUAUUAUCCUUUAGAUGAAGAAGAAAAUACAAAAGGAUAUGCAUUUUUGGAAUAUAAAAAUUCGCAAAAUGCCGAAACAGCUCAGAAACAAUUGAAUAAUCAUAGAUUAGACAAAAGUUAUACAUUUUCUGUCAAUCUUUUUACUGAUUUGGCGAAAUAUGAAAAUGUACCAGAAGAAUGGGAGCCCCCAAAGCCACAACCUAAUAAAAUACAAAACGAUUUGUACAAUUUCCUGUUGGAACCAGAUGCAUACGAUCAAUAUUGUGUAGCAGCCGAAACUGCGCCAAAUUCUGUUCAGGUUCAAUUUUGGCAAAAUACCUUACCAGAACCCACUGAAUUAGAGUCGAGGGAAAGAUUUACCGACACUUUUGUCAAAUGGUCACCAUUAGGAACUUAUAUAGUUACUUUUCAUAAACCUGGUGUAGCUAUUUGGGGUGGUACUGAAUUUAACAAAAUUAACAAGUUUCCUCAUCCAGGAACCCAAUUUGUUGACUUUUCUCCUUGCGAAAAUUAUUUAGUUACUUAUGGACCCUUACCAAAAAAUCAACAAAAUAUCAUUAUUUGGGAUAUACGGUCAGGUCAAGAAAAAAGAUCCUUUGUAUCUGAGAACAUGUCAUCUAUGUCAAUGUUCAAAUGGUCUCAUGAUGAUAAAUACGUAGCUACAAUGGGUACAAAUGUUAUUCAUAUCUAUGAAACACCAAGCUUUUAUUUAUUAGAUAUGAAGUCAAUCAAAAUUCCGCAAUUGAUGAGUUUUAGUUGGUCUCCAACUGAUAAUAUUAUAGCUUAUUGGGUAGCGGAAACAGAGCAAGUUCCUGCAAAAGUAGCAUUAGUUUAUAUACCUAAAAGACGUGAAAUAAGAACAGUAAAUAUCUUCAAUGUCUCAGAUUGUAAAAUACAUUGGCAAAAAUCUGGUGAUCACUUAUGUGUCAAAGCUGACCGUUACACAAAAAAAUCAAAAAAAGAUAAUGACGUAAAAUAUCUUGGUCCAUAUCAUACAUUUCAAAUAUUUGACAUGCGAACAAAGGACGUCCCAGUUGAUAGUGUGGAUAUAAAAGAUUUGGUUUUGGCUUUUUCGUGGGAGCCUGUAGGCACAAAAUGUGCCAUAAUACACGGAGAACAAAGCAACGCUUCCAUAAGUUUUUAUGAAGUUAAGAAAGGGCAACAACCAAAUCUUAUAAAAAAAAUGGACAAAAAAACUUGUAGUCAUCUCUUUUGGUCUCCUCGUGGACAAUUUAUAGUUCUGGCUAAUUUGACUAUGGGGACAUUUGAAUUUGUAGACACGAACAAUGACUUUAUAGUCAUGGGUAGCGGGGAUCAUUUUAGAGCAUCUGAAGUGGAAUGGGAUCCUACUGGAAGGUAUGUUGUAACUGGUGUUAGUUCAUGGAAAGUAAAGGAAGACACUGGUUAUAAUAUGUGGUCGUUCCAAGGACGAAUUGUUCGAAGAACAAUGUUAAAAAAUUUCGUUCAAUUUUUAUGGCGUCCAAGACCACCUUCUUUACUAACAGAGGCACAACAAAAAGAAAUUAAGAAGAAUUUGAAAAAGUAUUAUCCGCAAUUCGAGAACAAAGAUAGAUUACGAAUGACACGUGCUUCUAAAGAAUUAUUAGAAAAACGUGCACAAUUAAGAGAACAAUUUAUGGAAUAUCGCAACAAAAGAAUACAAGAAUGGAAAGAUCAGAAAAAUAGGCGUUUACAACUAAGAAACCAUAUCGAUACUGAUACACUUGCCACAGAAGAUGUUGAAGAGGAAAUUGUUGAAUUUUUGGUAAAAGAAGAAUUAACAACUCUCGAGUAGUUCGCCAGCAUUUUUAUACCAAUAAUUUUUUUAAUAAGCGACUUGCAUAUUUAAGAUUUGAUCUUCUUUAGUAGUCAAAUAUUAUAUAAGGAAGAUCUACAAUUAAAGGAUACAUACUUCAAAACAUAAGAUUUACGAAUAAUUUUUUGUAAGAAUUUUUUUCAAAAGAAAUAAAUAUAGGGGCAUACAUUGCGCAUAUUAAUAAUAUACAUAUUUAAAGUUAAUUUCAAGUUUUUACUUUAGUUUUAUGGUCAUUCAAAUUUAGAAAAAAUUAAUUAGAAUUCUUUUCAAGUUUUUAGUUAAAAUUUCGAAAGUUUUAAAUUAAAUUUACUCAAAUUUUUAACAAUGAAUUAUAAAAGAAUUAUUCGAUUUAUGUA